AUGAGGGACCUUCCUAAUAAGGAUCAGGAUGCAUUUCAUGAGCAUGUAAAUCCCCAGUUUCAACCUUCUAACCGUUUGAAAGGCAAUUAUCAGACAGAUCGCAUUUCGUCACUCUUCACAGCAUCUAGCACCGGGCUAUCGUAUCCAUCCCCUAAGCAAUGUAAUGUCAUACCGGGGAGUGGCGUGGUACCUAAGAAGGAAGCAACCCAUUUAGUAUCAAACGGACGGGAACGCCCUUGGAUGGGCGAUGGGGCUCGUGGGCCAAUUUAUCGUGUAGUGCAUCCUCAAGGGUUUCGUAUUCUCAAAGACGACGAUGUUCUAGAGCGCACCUUACGCGGAUACUUUCGCCUGCCUCCGGUGCCUUGUAAACACUUAAGGGAGGAGCGUGAGCGCCUCCGCAAGGCCUUGGUGUCAAUAGAAAAGCAGGAGCUUAUGAGGCAGCGGAAGGGUGGCAUGAAUCACAGCAGCGCUCAUGGGGGCGUCGUGUUAGAUGGUUUUUUUAUUUUAAAUGCAGCUGGCACGGACAACCCGGAGGCAGUGGAGGCAGUUACCCUACAGUGCUCUUACUUGACUAAUAGCGUCCCCGAAGAUUUGUCUUUUUUCACGAAGUUAGUGUUCCUUGAUGUCAGCGAGAAUUCACUGAAUGUGGAGGAUUUGGUUGCCCUUACUUCCCUAGAGACCCUUCAUAUUGCGUGUAAUAAAAUUUCAUCUCUUGCAGGAAUAAAUUGGGUUUUGCAGCAGCAGCGACAAGACAGUGGUGCCCCCGAUGGCACCGAGUGUGGCCCCAGCGCGUCUGCCACGCUGGGCACCUCCAAGAGCUUGUCUUUACAUGAUGUUCUUUUACCCAAUCUAACGGCGCUUAAUUUGUCAUACAAUCGCAUUCCAGCGGGCCACCUCUCACUGCUCGUACACUUUCCUUGUUUAGAAAAGCUGGAUUUGAGCGGAAACGACAUUAAAGUGUUGCCAAGGGAUCUAUCAUUUCUCACUGGCGUCACCCACUUUGCAUUAGAAAACAAUCAGUUUCGUUCUUCUCUGGACAAAGGGGACAAAUCUGAUGUAUUCCAGAGUCUCUCGACUAUGCCUUCACUCGUCGAAGUGAACCUGAACCAUAACCAACUAUUUCAUGUCCCACCACUUUCUAUGCACAGCGGUCGUGGGCUUUGUUUCCCCUCUAUCGAGAUUAUAGGUGUCGCUGAUAACCAAUUCCAGCUGACAGAGGGUUUAGUGGAGCUGGGCCACCUACAUCGUACGCUCCGACAGAUAGUACUCACGAAUAAUCCGAUAUGUGUGGAUCCGCGUAACAUUGAGGCCCUCAAGACGGCUUUUUCGCGUAUAGCAGAGACUACUUUUUAUGAUCACGGAAAAAGACGCCAGAUGCGUGAGGAAGGGUCAGUUAUGCAGUAUAGAGAUGCUCCAAGCACAGAGGCUGAACCUUUAACCAGUGACGAGGAUAGUGAGAGAUGGGUAGGCAAUGAUUGGGUUCGCUUGCUAUCACUACCGAACAACGACUGUGGUCAUUCAUCUUUGCAGAGUGCUGCAAGGGCGGCUGCCGUUGCUGCCGCAGAAGCUGAAUCUGACUAUUACACAACCACUGAGGCUGAGGACGCAAGCAAUGACAAGGACCAACCCACACUUGAUUCCCUGCCGUGCCUUUCGUUUACACAUCAUAGUGAUAAUUCGGUGUCGAUGGGGCAGUCGUCAAUGCAGGAUGGGAAAAAUGGUUUCCUUCCUGAUGAUCCAUAUGCAGAAUCAGAUAGUGUAAUGCUGUCAAAGACUUCUUAUACUAAUGUUGAGGCGUAUUUGCAUGCGUAUCGAAUCGAAAUAGUUGUGCAUGAGUCGUUCAUGCCAAAACAAUCAUUGCAGUUUUUCUAUGCUACCCACACUUGUCGCGCUGGACAGAACUUCCUCGUCACCAUUCCUCCCUAUAAGGAAUUUAUGGAUAUUUACCGCUUGACACGUCCCAAAGGAAAACGUUCUCGACGUAACCCGCUUUCUGGCCACAAGCAGUCGUCACGGGCGACGCGUCCGCAUUUGUCAUCCUCUGGUACUACCGAUUUUGUACAAACAGAUAAUUUGAAUCCUGACAAUGUCGUUGCGGAUGGGACAAAUAUCAUCUCAACGUCUGGAGCGUUUCCUGAACCUGAUCAGACCGCAGCGUUCUUUAUAACCGAAGUGGAAGACCAAGCGGCUCAUAGUCCCCAACUCUCCCAUAACACCUCCAAAGCUUUUUCUCGUUCUGAGAUUCCUUUAGUCGAAGCACCGAAAAGAGACAAGUCAAAGGAUAAGUCCCAAAGGACUCGUUUGCCACCUGUGGUUUCACCUAGCUCUGUAAAUGUGCAUAGGGCCCUCGUGGAGCUCAAAAAUCUUCUGCGUAAGCCUCUGCCCUCUUUACCGUACAACUGUGGACAUCAUGGAUAG